UCAAUAAGCAGUACAGGAUGUCGAUGAACGUUUGACAGUAUGCACACGUGUCUUUCAACUCAUUUCAAAAUACAGUACUGCAUGAAUAAGCACCGUAACUGGCAAUUUUGUAAUAAUGGAAUUGGAAGACUUGUAAAUGUUCAUAAGAGGGUGGUAUGCAUGGUUCAGACCCCAACUACUGCUAUUACCGACAAAAUUACCGGUUCCUGUGGAAUAAGUGAAGUAAUCAUGUUUGAUAAUGUAAACUAAAAAAGUGUAUACCAAUAGAAUUGUUCAAGAUCCAUUUCUUCGCUAUUGACAUUCUCUCCAUUCAAAAUAUACCGCUAAUUUAAAUAUUUACUAUUUUUAAUUUUAUCGACCAAUGAAAAAAGGGCUAUCCCGAAAUGAUGUCAACUUCCGUCCCUAGAUCAGGAGUUAUCGCAUUUUGAGAAGCAGUAGACGAUAGUUGAUGCUUGAUUAAAUCUGAUUAAUGGACAUUAUUUCGAGUUUUCCAUAACGAUGCGAGAGAUAAUAUAUUGACAGAGUUGUUGCUAGACGGUAGGGUUCUAAUUAUUGUAUUAUAUCGAAAUUUUCAAGGAUGCAGCUGGUAAAAACGAAAACCAAGAUGGCGGCGUGGUAUACCUUGUCAAUAUUAUGUUUACAGGAAGACAAUUUUUUUUUUUUAUUAUAGAUAUUUAAAACGUCAAGUGCCUGUGGUUUUACUGGGUUUUAUGAGCUCUUCGUCUUAAAAUUUGUCCGUUGUCUGUGACCGUCGUCAAUAAGAUCUUACGUGAUUGACUUCUCAGAAACUACUGGUUCAUGUUAAGACAAACUUGGCACAAAUUGUCCUUGAAUCAAAGGGAUUCUUGAAUUCUAGGGCCACAUCCUUUUCAAAUGAUAAUUAUUAGUGUAGCAGUACCACGUUUUAUACCGUAUAAUGGGUAUUGUUGUGGUUGGAAAAAUGUGAGAUUUGGUUUUAAAAAAUGCUAAAAAAUCAUAUUCUGCGUUUCCAAUUUCUACGGCUGCAUUUUAAAGUAUAUGUAUGCCUAUCUAUUUUGCAUUGUUAAUUUUUUAAUGCGUAUUUUUCUUCUCCGCAAAAGGGGGGGGGGGGGGGGCAGAAAAUAUGCGUUAUACGGUAUGUCAAAUACUAAUUUGUCUUAAAACUAAAACAGCAACCUUUAGUUACAGGACAGUAAAAUUUGUGCUUUAACUAUAACUAAUGUUAAUGUACUUCAACAUAGGGUUAUUCUUCAGAGUUUUAAUACGAAGGAUGCUCUGGGGUUCCCUUUUCAGAUAAACAGCUCCUGAUCACGGUGUCCGAGUUUUUCUUGGCUGGUAUGGACACUACUACGAACGCUCUUCGCUGGGUAUUUCUAUUUUUGAUGCACCAUCCGGACAUCCAAGAUCGCAUGUGCACAGAAAUUGAAGGCGUUGUACGUAGGGAUAUGAUUCCCAUGUUAGAGGACAGAUCAAAGCUUCCUUUCUGCGAAGCGGUUUGUUUUGAAGUCAUGCGCCUUGGGAAAGGGAGUCCCCAUACUGCACCUCACACUAUGAAGCAGGACACCGAGAUCAAUGGCUGUGUCAUACCGAAGGGUGUACCAGUAGUGUUUAAUCUAAAUUCUAUCAACUCCGACCCAGAGAUAUUUCCAGACCCCUCCACAUUUAAUCCAGAUCGAUUCUUAACUGGAGAUGGACGGCUCCAAGGAACUGAGAAAAUGGCAACAUCUUCAAUGGGGCGGCGAAGUUGCAUGGGUGAAUCUUUAGCCAUGAUGGAACUUUUCCUCUUUGUAAUGGCACUUGUACAGCGCUACAAAAUCAAAAUAGAGCCUUGAGAACCACUUCCUUCUUUAGAUGGAAUAACUGGACUUUCUUACACACCACGUCCAUACGAAGUUUGUCUGAUUGAGCGCCAUUAAUAUAACUUUUAACUGGACUUCUUACACACUAUGUACAUACGAAGUUUAUCAGAUUGAGCGCCCGUUUUAAGAAACAUGGAUCUCCUAUGUCGAGGUUUUGACUUUAUGGUCAAUUAUAUAUUAUUUAGACACAUUGCAGAUAAAUGCCAUUUCAAAAUUGGAAUUACUCAUUUUGUCUGCCCUUUAGAGAAAAUCCUAGAACUUUUAAUCCCUGUGUUCUAUGCGUAUGGUAUAUAUGUAAUUCUUGUUCGAUAAAUGUCAUUCAAAAACUAUAUCACAUACAUUGUAUUCUUCCCAUGCCGAGCUCCUUCAAUCAGUAAAGCUGAAACUAAACCGUUACCUUCACUUUCCACUUUUUCAUUCAACAAAGCCUAAUUUCAGAUGUUUUAUAUAUCUUCCGUUUUCUUGGUUCAGGUGGCUAUCUGAAUAGGAGUUGUCUUUCUUGCCUUUAUGGAAAAUUUGCAUCCCUAACUGUUAGCUUUACAGUAUGAAGAUCGAAUAUUUUCUAUUUCAAUAAAAGUUAUUUUCCCUACGUCCAUGGAGACGUUCCUGUG